CGAAGAAAUUCCGCGCCGUCUUUUGAAAAGUAUUCCAGCAUAUCAUAUUGAUGCCAUUAAUCAGAACCAUUCCGUCGUUUCUCGCACGUCGAGAUUCACUACGCACGCUGAGAAGAAUGGCAUCCUCCGCCACCACUGCCUCAGCAACUGUCGAAAGCAAUGGACACAAGAGACGUCCUUUCGGUCAGAACUUCCGGUUUAAGAACAAAAAACACAAAAAACAGGAGAAUGCAGUCAAGCAAGGGUCGCAUGACGAAGUCCUGUUGUACGAUGUCCAGGCUCUUCUGAAAAGAUUUUCAAUGAGAGAAUCAUCGCCGAGCGGGAACCUCGAGCAAAACGGAAACUUGGAAACAGCAUCAGCUGCACUACCAGAACCAGACUCGGAAAUCGAACUUACCGUAACUGAGCUAUCGUCUACUGGUGAUGGACUGGCUUACGAUCCUAAAACACAGCAUACCUAUGUUGUGCCCUUCACUGUCCCCGGAGAUCGUGUGAGGGCGAAAGUCCUGACGCACCAGAAGCAAGAAGGAUAUUCCUUCACAGACCUGAUCGCGGUCAAGGAGCCAUCAGAAAACCGAGAUGAUUCGUUGAUCAAAUGCAAGUACUUUUCAAAGUGUUCAGGAUGCCAAUUCCAGAUGAUGCCGUACAAGGAUCAGCUAGCACACAAGAAAACGAUCGUGGAGAAGGCGUACAGGAACUUUUCCGAUUUGGACCCGGCUCUAGUGCCUCCUGUGGGCGACACGAUCGGUUCGCCGCUGCAGUAUGGUUACCGCACGAAACUUACGCCGCACUUUGACGGUCCGCCAGGAUGCCGGAGGGACAGAAGACAAGGCAUAAAACCCACGUGGCCCGCAGUUCCACCCAUUGGCUUCAUGCUAAAAGGCACGCGACAUACAAUUGACAUAGAAGACUGUCCAAUCGGCACAGACGCAGUCAGGCUGGGGAUGAAAAAUGAGCGCUCUCGCGUGGCGCGAGAAAUCGACACUUACACCCGUGGCGCGACGCUGCUUCUGCGCGAGGACACGACGAGGAUACGGAAGUUGGACGCGAACGGGAAGCCCAGCGCCGCGGUCGAGAAAGCCAGAGCAGACCCGAACGUCAUCAUAGAAGACUACCCGGAUCACGUCCACGUGAAGUCGUGCGUCACGGACAGCAACGCCAAGUCGACCGAGUUCGUGGACGACUUCGUGUUCGAGAAUCCGGCGGGCUCGUUUUUCCAGAACAACAAUUCCAUCCUGCCCCCCUUUACCCAGUACAUCCGCGAUCACGUCCUGCCCAGGGAUCCCGACCCAGCCAAGCCGGCGCUCUCGUACCUCAUCGACGCCUAUUCCGGCUCCGGUCUCUUCACCAUAACCCUCUCGCAGAUGUUCAAAAAAUCUAUAGGCAUCGACAUCUCUCCCCAGUCGAUCGAGUUCGCAGGCAGGAACGCCAUGCUGAACAAGCUACGCAAGGACCAAGCGUCGUUCAUGGCGGCCGACGCGGGCGCGCUCUUCAAGAACGUGACCUUUCCGGCCGACGAGACGGUGGUCGUCAUCGAUCCGCCCAGGAAAGGGUGCGACGAGAAUUUCUUGAGUCAGCUUAUGAGAUUCGCGCCCGAACGGGUGGUGUAUGUCAGUUGUAAUGUGCAUACGCAGGCGAGGGAUGUGGGCAUGCUCGUCGGUGGCAUGGAGGGCGUCAAUGACGGCAAAGGCAUGUAUGAAAUCGAGAGCCUGAGAGGCUUUGACUUCUUCCCGCAGACUGGGCAUGUGGAGGGUGUCGCUGUGCUGAAGAAGCGAUCGAAUGGCAAGUCGGAAACGGUAGAAAAGGUAGAGGAUAGCACAAAGACGUGAUAGUCGGUAAUGGAAUCGAUUUGUUCUACGG